GGGUCUCACUCUGUCACCCAGGCUGGAGUGCAGUGGUGCGAUCACGGUUCACUGCAGCCUCCGUGUCCCAGGUUCAAGCGAUCCUCCCACCUCAGCUUCUCUAGUUGCUGGAACCACAGGCACAUGCCACCCCACCCAGCUAAUUUUUUAGUUUUUUGAAGAGACAGGGUCUUACUGUGUUGCCCAGGCUGGUCUUGAACUCCUGGGCUCAAGCGCUGGGAUUACAGGCGUGAGCCACCGUGCCCGGCCAACCCCUUUAACAGAUGAUAAAGCUGAGGCUUAGCGUGCAAAGUAACUCAUCCACUUCCCAGCUGGUGAACAGGAGCUGAGCCUGGAGCCCAAGCCAGCCAGGCCCCCAAACCUCUGCCCUUUGCCAGUGGCAGGGAAGUAGGUGGUUGGAAGCCCCUGCCGCAUCCCCCAGAGCUCCGUCAAACCGAGGUGGGGUGGGCCUGGGAGGGAGCCCCAGCCUUCCCUUGGAGAUGGGCCUGGUGUGAGCCGCCGAGCUGCCUCCCCGGCCUGGCUGGGUAGAAGCCCUUUGAAUACUAUCCUGGGGUUGCCGGCUGCACCCCCACAGAUGCCACAGCUGCCUCCCUGCAUCCCUGUGCACCAUCCCAGAAGGAAACAAAUGCAAUUUUCAGAGACAAGAGCCUGCUGAGGUCAGCAAAGCCCCUCUCUGUCCAUGCUUCUGUGUGCCUCUGGCUGUGCACGCGUGGCUGGGUUUUCUAAAAGAACCAAAGUGAGAGAGGGGUGCCAUCUUGUGGAGGGACCCUCUGUGGCCAGUCUGCUUGUGUGAUCUCUGUGGACUGACUGGGAGUUGUGACAAAUAUGGCCAGAAAUGGGGCCUAGUCUCGGACUGUGUCCCGGGGUUACGUGGAUUUAGGGUCAGUGAGGGGCGUGGCCACUCAGGAGGCCAUGCUUGGUAGAUGGGGGACGGGAGUCAGGAUGAUGGCAGGGCCUGAGCAAAGCGGGGUGGAGAGGGAGGCUCAGAGAAGGGGGAGCCACCUGGCUUCCAGGAUGAGGAGAAGAGAAAGUCUGUCCUGACAGAGGCCCCAUGACAGCUGCCCUGGGCCAGGAUGUUUUGGGGAGGGGAGAUUGCAUCAGCAUUGAGCCAUCCUCACUCCCUCCAUCUGGAGGUGUGGGGCCCGGGGGCUUCUGUGAAACGGGCCAUGAAUGGACCCAGCCAGGAGACCCAGGGGACAAGGGCAUCUGCAGGCCCUGUCAGUUCCAUCUCCCCGAUUUCCAGUUCACACCGUUUGCUGUUCUCUGCCCAGGGCCUGAAGCCAAUGGACCACAAUGGGCUGGCAGACCCCUACGUCAAGCUGCACCUGCUGCCAGGAGCCAGUAAGGCAAAUAAGCUCAGAACAAAAACUCUCCGUAACACUCUGAACCCCACAUGGAACGAGACCCUCACUUACUACGGGAUCACAGAUGAAGACAUGAUCCGCAAGACCCUGCGUGCGUCUGAGGCACUGGCUGUGCCCCUCACCACCGCCCCCGCUAGGAUCUCUGUGUGUGACGAGGACAAAUUCCGGCACAAUGAGUUCAUCGGGGAGACACGUGUGCCCCUGAAGAAGCUGAAACCCAACCACACCAAGACCUUCAGCAUCUGCCUGGAGAAGCCGCUGCCGGUGGACAAGACCGAAGACAAGUCCCUGGAGGAGUGGGGCCGCAUCCUCAUCUCCCUCAAGUACAGCUCGCAGAAGCAGGGCCUGCUGGUAGGCGUCGUGCAGCGCGCCCACCUGGCCGCCAUGGACGCCAAUGGCUACUCGGACCCCUACGUGAAAACAUACCUGAGGCCAGAUGUGGACAAGAAAUCCAAACAUAAGACAGCAGUGAAGAAAAAAACCCUGAACCCGGAGUUUAAUGAGGAGUUCUGUUACGAGAUCAAGCAUGGGGACCUGGCCAAGAAGUCCCUGGAGGUCACCGUUUGGGAUUACGACAUUGGAAAAUCCAAUGAUUUCAUUGGUGGUGUGGUUCUGGGCAUCCACGCCAAGGGGGAGCGCCUGAAGCACUGGUUUGACUGCCUGAAGAACAAGGACAAGCGCAUCGAGCCCUGGCACACGCUCACAAGCGAGCUCCCAGGGGCCGUGCUCAGCGACUGAUGCCCACCCGCCACUGCUACCCCUGCCGCCACCUGCACCCAGCACGGCCGGCCCCGGGCUUCCCCAGCAGCCACCAAGGCCUGUGGCCCCCACACUGGGGGAGAUCCAGAACCCCUGCUUGGACAC